CGGAAGGGAUAGAUUAUUACCGUACCUUACGUCCUCUAGUGGACGCAGUGUAAUUUGUAUUAAUGGAUGCUAAUAUUAAAGGGAACUAAGUGAUAUCACUAUACAUGUAUCUUUAAUCUGCUAUAGCACAUGGUUAUUGGGUGGGGGGUGCAGGUGAGGCAUAACAUAGCACAGAGCAUAUGCAAGACAGUAGGCGUGCUUCUGUUCGUAAUAUAGCAUUCAGUACCUACCAUCAAGGUAGAGAAAGACUUUUAUAGUAAAACUAUGCAGAUAAACGGCUGCAUAUUUUACACUUUUACACGCGAUGAGGUGUUUGAUGAUCGAGUACAACCAGCCAGUAUCACUGUAUCAUGUAUUUCAAUGAAUCAAUUGGAGAGAACUACUAGUCUACCAACACUCCCAAGCUAUGAAAUGCCUUGGCCUCACCCACAUAUAAAGGCCUGCUUGUGUCAUUUUUAAAGGUGUUACAUAGUCCCCCCCAUGACUGAGGUGUUUACUUGCUCCUUGUUGACCAACUAGAGGACCGUGUGAAUCACACUAGCACUCCACACUAACAGCCCCUAACUCUAGUUUAAAGAGUGGGAGCGGGGCCCGUGAACAGUCAGCUUUAGAAGGCGUGCGGGGUCUUUCUUUAUUUUUGUACUUUAAAGCAAUUCAAAACCAGAGGCGUCCUCAAUCAGGCCUCGGGUGGCUUUAUCUAAUUCAUGAACUCAGUAAAUAAGACUCAGGUUUGUAGCAAACCCCCACGUUUGGUUUAGGUACCCUCCCCGGCCCGUGAAGCGAGGGAGACUAAUGCGACACGAGGAUGAAAAACGAAUGAAUCGAGUUUAUUAGCACAUUGAUUUGCAGCAUUAGAGGAAUUUAUUCUAUUGCAUCGGUUGUGACGACUGUAGCCUGUUAAAAGUGUAUUUUUAUUUUUAUUGUCCUUUUUUCUCGGGUGUGAAUAUUAAAAACUGAAGUUGAUCUACGAUCCUUGUGUUGGUUUUUUUAUUUAAAUGUUUGACUUUUUUCUUCCCAAAUUUACAAGAAGACAAACGAGUGAUUGACUCAUUGAAAGCUAAAUUCCAUUCAAAUUGAAUCAUAGUCGAGAGUUUCAAGCGCGUGUUAUGGGGAUUUUUUUACAGGUUCAAAACCAAAAGCCUUUACGGGUCUUUCUUCAACUGUACGACAUGGUAAACCAAGCCCGGCGACACCUGAGAAAGAACGAGAGAGUGAGGGAGGUACAGAGGCGGCUGGGAAAGAUCGUGAAUGAAAAGAAGAUAUGAGUAACAGUGAAAUGAAAUGAGGAAGCAGUGCAAUGUGCAGUCAAAUACAAAACACAUGCGAUUACAAGCAAACGGAGAGAGAAAGAGGAUGAGGGCGGGGAAAUGAAGAUACUUAGCUCCACACCUCUGUAUGUUUCCUUUCACUUAAUUUUCUUGUCAUUUGCUCCACACGUUUGUUCUCGUCAGUCUCAAACGAGCACAGAUGGAAAACUCUCUGUUGACGACUUUUGUGGCACUCCUGCUCUUUGGAGUUCGAGAAAUCAUCGCGCAAUCAAAAAACGCCAGCCUGGAAAAUAAUACUCUCCAUGCUCCAUGCAUACCCAUACCCACUACGCCAUCAACCACAUGCCAGAACUUCACCGAAUAUAUCCCUCAGCCUCCUAUUCUGGCUCGGGUGAAGAUAUUGUGGAAGAUGGGGAGUCAGUGCGAUGGUCAGCUGGUUCUCUCUACCCAUGAAGAACAGGAGGUUCCUGUGUGCUUCGACAGUUAUUCACCACGAACGUGGCUGCAGGAACUUUGUAAAGACAAAAGAUGUGGAGACUAUACGAAGUCUGAACGCAUGUCAAAUGUAUCAGGUUAUGUUAUCUAUAGCAAUGAGACAUUGAGCAAAACUUCGUGCAUUGGACGGCAUAUCACCUGCCAAGACGAUUUAGGAAAAGAACUGGCUGCUUAUAAAGCAGUAACUGCCAUAUUACUUCUCUUCAUCUUCAGUGUUAUUCUGCUUCAGUUUGGCCGGCCCACGUACAAAGCCAUCCGCAAAAGAUUUUCACAAAAACGGCAGAAUCGAUGGAUCGGCCCGACUCAGACUCAAAGUGUUUCCUAUCACAGAGGUCAAGCUGGUGGUCACCUGGACAAUAAUACAGUAAAGCGACAGUCCUAUCCUGGUUUGGAGAAGCUGUCUGUAAACGCUAGUAGGGAGCCCUCGUCCAACAGAAACAGUGACUAUGAUUCAUACGGAUUCAAUUGAAGACCUGUGCUGACAAAUGACAUAUUUAGUGUUUGGAGAGCAGACUAUUCUGUGUCCUAAGUCUCAUAUUGAAUCAGCGAUUUUACUGUGAGCCUUCAGUUGAGAUGACAUUUAGCAAGUUGUGCACUGUGUACAUAUGUUUGAGAAGAACAAAGAACCUGAGAAAUCCAUUUAGCGUAGAGUUUUUAUUUACCAUCAAAGCAGUUCAUUUGUAGUUUUUUUUUUUUGCAAUCACUUGUUUUUCAUGUGUACUUUGUAUAAAGUGAAACUGUACAGUUGGUAUGUUUGCUAUUCCUUCUUGAUCUAAAAUUCAAUGUUGUUGGUGUUUUAUUAAUGUUGUCAGGUUGAAUCAGACAAUAAAAUCUGUUCAUUUUGAAUGACCUACGUUUUCUAAAUUUAGUUUAUGUUGAUGUUGACCAAAUGCAAUAUUGUUUUAUUUUGUUAUUUAUACAAGUGAUUGAAAAGUUUUAAAUAAAUCUUUUUGAUAAAGAUUGUUACAAUUAUUCAUUAUUUCCACAUUUAGAUCCAAUGUGUCGUUCUAUGCUUUUUGUCUUUUCAUUUAUGAGAAUAGAAAUGA